CCAUUCAGAAAUUCGAAAUAUCCAGAAAAAGUACCAAAUUUGAAAGCGCGGGAAUCUCACUCGGUGACUCAAACGACCUUCUUCAACCUCCAAGCCACAAUCCUCAAGCUCCAAACCCUAACAACAAUGUCGACCGCCAAAGCAAGCAACAAGAAGCGCAGGACCGACCCGGAGAUCGCCAAAUCGGACCACCUCGAUCUCGACCUCGACCUCUCCAAUGAUAUCAAAGGAAUCAUGUCAGCGAUUCAUCAGAUCCGAGAGAAGGCUCACAAGGACGGUCUGAAGAAGAACGAAGAGACGAUUUCGAGUGUGGCAGCUGAGGUCAGGUCUGCCAUUGAUGAGCUCAAGUCCAAACUCGAAAAGGAUAGGCAAAGUUUCGCUAAAUCCCUCUCGAAGAGCUCAAAAGAGUGUGAGAAUUGCUUGAAGACUGAAGCUGCAAAGUUCCAAGCACUUCAUGAAAAGUUCUGCAAGGACCAAGCAAGCCAUCUGCAGGCCUUGAAAGGAGUUAUUUCGACAUAUGAAGAAGAGAAGGAAAGGCUCUGCACACGAUACGAACAAUUGAGGAAGAGAGAAAGGAGUAUGAUUUCUGAGCAUGAGAAGGCUUGCGCUGAUAAAAUUAACAAACUGGAAGAGUCAUUGAAAAAGAAGAAGCAGGACGACAGAACUUUCAGCGUUCUGAGAAAGUCUCUUGGUUCAAUUUUGGACAAUGGUUCCGACGAGGACAUCCCGGCUGAUGAUUGAAGAUUACUUCAGAGUUGAAAAGGGCAGUGCUACAAAUAUUCAGCUGUUAAAUCUCCAUUAACCCGAGGUAUUACGUUCACUGAUACUUUUGAAAUGAUAUGAGCCGUAGGUGUAAGGUUUCUUUUCUCAGUUUCACUAUGUUAGUGAACCAAAAUUGAUGUUAAUGCUCGUUAGUGUCGUUAUACUGUAAUUCCCCAUGACUUUCAAGAAUGCUUAGUCCGAAACAGUUUAGCAAGGCACAACAAUUUAACUUCA